GGGCGGAGGGAGAGAGGUGCGGGGCGCAGCUGUGCGGGACACCCGCGAGCUUUCCGUUUGACCAGCCGGCCAUCCGCACAGCAGAGAGAAAGUGGGCACGGAGGCGGUACACACACCGCGCUGCAGACUCUCGUGCGGGUAUCUCUCCCCAUAGCCCCGCUUGGGCAUCACCAGACCAGACUAUAUUUCUCGUAUUGAUUUUGGUUUGCGGUAAAGAGGAAGCUGCAUCAGAAACCUGCGCAUGCGGUGGGCUUCGGCUUAAAGCCCACACCGUGCCUUCCGAACUACAUUUCCCAGAACCGUCGGCGCACGCUUGGUGAAGCCGCGCAUGCUUACUGAAGACGGAAAGCCAGAGCUUCCGGCUAGCCGCAUGGCCGCCUUCUGAGGACCGGAAGGGUGGACCUGCAUUAUUUCUUUCUGGGGAUGUCAUGGCUGAAAACACAGACAGAAACCAGAUUGAGAAACUCCUAAACAGAGUGAAGGAACUGGAACAGGAGGUGGGAAGACUUAAGAAAAAGAAAGAACAGGCCAACAAUGUAAAAGACUCAAGCAUCAGAGAAAAUUCAUUAGGCUCUGGAAAAACUAAGCGUGCUUUUGAUUUCAGUGCUCAUGGCCGUAGACAUGUAGCUCUAAAAAUAGCCUAUCUAGGCUGGGGAUACCAGGGCUUUGCCAGUCAGGAAAACACAAGCAAUACCAUUGAAGAGAAACUGUUUGAGGCUUUAACUAAGACCCGACUAGUAGAAAGCAGACAGACAUCCAACUAUCAUAGGUGUGGUCGAACAGACAAAGGUGUUAGUGCCUUUGGACAGGUGAUUUCUCUAGACCUACGUUCUCAGUUUCCAUCGAGCAGGGAUUCAGAAGAUUCUAAUUUAAAGCAUGAAGCUGAUGAUCUUGCUAAAGAGAUCCGUUAUACUCACAUUCUCAAUCGGGUGCUUCCUGCAGACAUCCGAGUAUUGGCCUGGGCCCCUGUAGAACCUAGCUUCAGUGCUAGGUUUAGCUGUCUUGAGCGGACUUACCGCUAUUUUUUCCCUCGUGCGGAUUUAGAUAUUGCAACCAUGAAUUAUGCAGCUCAGAAAUAUGUUGGCACUCAUGAUUUCAGAAACUUGUGUAAAAUGGAUGUAGCCAAUGGAGUGAUUAAUUUUCAGAGGACUAUUCUGUCUGCACAAGUACAACUAGUGGCCCAGAGCCCAGGUGAGGAGAGAAGGCAAGAACCAUUCCAGUUAUGUCAAUUUGAAGUAAUUGGCCAGGCAUUCUUGUAUCAUCAAGUUCGGUGUAUGAUGGCUAUCCUCUUCCUGAUUGGCCAAGGAAUGGAGAAGCCAGAGAUUAUUGAUGAAUUGCUGAACAUACAGAAAAAUCCCCAGAAACCUCAAUAUAGCAUGGCUGUUGAAUUUCCUCUAGUCUUAUAUGACUGUAAAUUUGAAAAUACCAAGUGGAUUUAUGACCAUGAGGUUCAGGAAUUCAAUGUUACCCACCUACAACAGCUAUGGGCUAAUCAUGCUGUUAAAACUCACAUGCUAUAUAGUAUGCUACAAGGACUAGACUCUGUUAUGGUAACAUGUGCAGCAGGAACAAAGAUGGAUGAAGCAACAGAAUGGAGAAACAUUCAACCCUCUGUCAUAAAGCACACAAGUGCCUUUGUGGAAGGAGUGAAAAUGCGCACAUAUAAGCCCCUCAUGGAUCGUCCCAAAUGCCAAGGACUGGAAUCCCGGAUCCAGCAUUUUGUGAGAAGAGGAAGAAUUGAGCACCCACAUUUACUCCAUAAGGAAGAAACAAAAGCCAAAAGGGACUGUGCUGACAAAGAAGAAAAUACUGUUUUAGAGAAUCCAAGUAAGAGGGUUUGUAUAAUAGAUGCAGAAAUUAACAGCAUUGUAUAAUCCUAGGAAGCCUAGCAUCUCUAACAGGAUCCAGGGAGCAACAACCAGUUAAAAUUCUAAUGAUUGGCAAAAAGGCCUAACAAGUUGUUAAACAGAAAAGGAUGUAUUCUCUAAUCCCUGUCCAAAAGAGUUAUGAAAUGAAAGAUGCAAAAAGCACUUGUCAGUUAUAUGCACCUGGAAAUCUGUGCCUUGUGUUCCAAUCCAUUAAAGCCUGGUCUAC